UGAAAAGUGGUGAAAAAAAAUCUUUACUUUUUUUCUGAAUUCAUUUGAAUCUGAUCGUAAUCAUCAUCAUCAUUAGUGUGAAACCCCAAAUCGAUAUAAUUAUGAGAAAGAAUUUUCAUCAUCAAUUAUCACCGAUAAUGAUGAUAAUUGGAUCAUCAUCAUCAUUGUUAUUAUUAUGUUUGACUAUUACCACUUGUUUAGCUCAAGAAACGACAACAACUAUUGCACCAUCAAAUGUAACCGAAUCAUCGUCAUUACCUAUUGAUGCAACCACUCCACAACCGGUUCAAGAUGGAUCCGAUUCUGAUACAGAUACAUCUACACCACCAUCAGAACAAUCCACAAAUGAUGAUGAUGUGGUUGGAUCCAACAACAAUCAAGGUGGAAAUGAUAAUGAACAACCAGAUGGUGCCGAUAGCCAACAACAACCAAAAGUUUUCAUAAUUCAUCAUCAUUAUAAUAAUGGUCCAUCACCAUCACCAUCGUUACCAUUACCGUCAUCAUAUGCAGAUUUUAUGAAUCGAUUACAACCGGUUCCUCAAUCAGUUGCACGGAAUAAUCAAAAUAAUUUCGACAAUUUGCCACAAGAAUUUCAUAAUCCAAAUUAUCCAUAUGGUUCACGAAUGCCAGCACAAUCAUCACAGAAUUCGCCACCACCACAAGAUGAAUCACAACCAACAGAAGAAGAUCUUGGACGUUUUGAUCCACUUGGUCAAUAUAGUGAUCAACAGAAAAAACGACAAUUUUUUCAGGAUUUACUUCAUAAUCAAUUAAAUAAAUUUGAAUCCGAGAUUGAACCAAUGAUUGAAAAAGAAGAUAAUGUAACCGAAAAGAAUGAUAUGGAAGAUUUAUUGGGAAGUGUUCGUGAUCUGAAACGUGCUGUUGAAAAUCAUCAAAUAUUCAAUAUAACACAAUUGAUGGAUGAUUGGAAAGAGGGUCGAUUACAACCAUCAUCACCAUUGAUGCCAUCAAAUCAACAAUCCCAACAACAACAACCAUCACCACCACCGAUGCCACAUGUUAUACAUCAAUAUCAUCCACGACAAUCGCAGCCACAAUGGCCACCAUCGUCACCCUCAUCAACAUCGGCUGUCGAUAUACCGCAAAUACCUGUAAGUCAUUCUGAAAUGACAUUGAAUAUACGACCACCAACAACACGAACUUUUUUACUCGUACCACAAUCUCGUAUUAUUCAGCCGGAAUUCGUUCCACAAUUUCAUCCAGGUGGUGAUGGCUAUUCAAGUGGAUUCUAUCCACCAAAUUUACAAUUACAACGUGGUUUCUAUUCAUCACAGCAACGGCAACAAUCAACUAAUAUGCAACCAAUGCCAAUGAUGUUUCAACGACGAUCAUCAAUGGUGCCACAAUUCUAUUCACCACAACAGCAAUUUAGUAGAAAUCCAGCUAAAGCCGGUGUUCAAUAUACAUUGGGACGUUCAGCCGAUGGUGAAACCAAUGCUGAUACAGCCGAUGCUAAGCCCAUUAAUACAUCAUCAACAAUGGAUGAAUCUGAUGACAAUGAUUCGAAUGAUGAUCAACAAUCAUCAUCACUUGAAAAUGCUUCCGCAUCACCAUCAUCGAAUGCAUAUGGACCUGAAAUCGAAUAUCAAAAAUAAUUAAAUCGAUAUCUGUUACAAACAAAUCAACAAACAUACACACACACACAGACGAUAAUAUUGUCCCCAACCAUCACUGUCAUUUCCUAUGUCAAUAAUCAAAUUUUUUUUAUCGCUUAAGAAAUUGUCAUCAACAACAAUAAUAACAAUAGAAGUGGAAAAAGAA